CUUGUUGUCCUAUCUUUCAAUACAUAUACAUAAAUUUUCCCGUCGCGUCGAUCUGUCUGUCUUUAUCUCUCACCAUCAUCCUCACAUGAUGUUAUCAUCAAGCUCGAUCAAACUUUUCCACCCAUGAUUCCCAAAUAAUCUUUUUUUAUCAUACAUACCUUUAAUUACGAUAAUAAUACAUUCGAUACAAGUUUGACGUUUAUUGCAAAAAACUGUGCAAUGAAAUACGAAAAAAAUGGUCAACGAUUCUGUCUAGAAAGUGUCUAAUGCAUAUGUACAUGAAGUAUAGGCAAAGUGCUCUUUAUGAUGUAUAUAAGUGGAAUAGACGUCACAUCGCACUGUUGCAACACGUGAUGAUUCUCAGUGGACAGUUUAGAGGAAGUAAGGAACUCGCUUAGAAAGGACGCCGUGUAGAGGUCAAAACAGCCUAUAUAACAAAACUAUCUAUAUCGUGCACCGCGUCGCGACUCGUUUUUGUUUAUUCCGUGCUGCAGCAGCAGCGAUGGGCAUGGCGCUCUCGAUCGCGCGCGACUCUACUGACGUUUCGGGCACGAAUUCGUCGCGCUGCAGCCACCGCAGCAGACGACUUUUCUCUGCUCUAUCAACCUCGCUACUAGAUUAUAUAGCAUCCACAUGUCUCUGUAUAACUAUCGUCGGACUUUGUUCGUCCGAAAAGAGACUCGUUCGGGCGCGUUGACGGCUAUAUCGCGGGCUGCUGCAAACUCACAUGAGAAUUAUAACGGUGUCGGAUACUCGCACGAGACAAAGGCUUAUACGAACUCACCUACCUAUAUUGGCUGACGUUCGCAAGUUUCUGGUCUUUCUUUUCGUUACGACGUAGGCUUCGGCUGCAUACGUUCGCGAGUCCGCGUUAUUUGCACAUGCACAUUGCACCAUGCCAAACCCGUGCUCGUGCGACUUUUUGCACGCUUUCGAACGCGAAUGAAAUACGCGUUUUCGCUGCACAGGCUUAUUAACGCAACGUUUAUUAUUAAAAACCUCGUGUUUGAAUCAACUUGAAAAUCAGAUCAUAUCGAUCGAUCGAACCGCUUCGAUCGUAGUUUAAUUGUUCGAUUGAUUGCUAUAAAUGUCAUUUUUGAAAUAAUACGUUUAAUUUAUUUCUAUUAUUUAGCACAAAUAUAUUGCUUGAUUUACUUUUAAUCGGUUUUAUUUUAGUUUCUUGGAAAGAUACGAAACUCGUUGCAAUUUUUUUUCUUCAUCGGAUAAUUUAUUUCAAUGCAUUUGUACGUUUUUAAAUCCGUCUUCACCUCGCCCAACUCGUUUCGAUUUUUAGGAAUUUUACUCGACGAUCGGUGUGCAGGCUUGUUAUUCGCGCGUAUCCGGAUGCUACACCAUUUAUGUAAAUAAGUGACAGCAAAAAAAAAUUGAUCGUCGCGCGCGAGUGUUUUUCCUGAGACGAGAGAAGCGCGUAUGCAAAAAUGCCCGAGUGAUGCAAAUAAACGACGCACACGACGCAGAGUUUAUUCUACGUUGUAGCGAUUUCUUCGAGUCUAGUAGCUAUACAUAAUAUGCGCCAGAGAAGCCGCUUGUUUUUGCAGCAGCGAGAAAAGUGCUGAACGUUCGUGACGGAAAUAGACGUUGUGUGUGAGCGGCGUAACGCGAUAGCCCAUGCCCAAUAUAGCGUGCUUUCUCAUCUACGCCCGGCCAAAAGAUUAUUUUUGACACUGUCCGGAGAAGCGAGAAAGAGGAAAGAAAAUUUCUUGUUUUCGUGUGUGUGAAAACUGCGCUAAGCUGCUCUUUCUCUAUCUCGAUGUCGAUGCUGCUACAGCCAGCUAGAAAAGCCAAAAUGCGUCUUUUUCCGCGUCGUCUUUGCGACUAAACAACUAUAGAAAAGUGUCCGAAGCUUGGAUUACGAUCUCGUUAAGAGAAGGCGUAAUAAGCGUCGUCUUGUGCGCAUAAAAUCUAUAAUAGACCUGCGAAUAGCGUUAAACGAGCGCUGGUAUCGUUUUACACCCGUUGUGGGGUAGUUGAACUCUAUCUCGAACCGAUCUGACUCGAGUUCAAAGCUAUUUUUGCAUCAGUCAUGCACACCAACAUUGUACUACAAUAUCUUGGUUGUUUGUAUGCCAAAGGGCAAGGCUAUAACACACAGGAAAUCUUUUCUAAUUCAAGAAAUUGCUUCAAUUAAGAGGGGAUUUUACUUCUGCCGUCGGAACUUAAAAUACAUUUGCAGAUGAAUACCCUAUAGAAUUCGGAUUUGAGCUGAGCCUUAUAAAGUUAUCCGAGCAUUCGAAAGAUUAAAAAAGAUAACUAGAGUAAUAAAUUUGAUCAAAUACUUUUUGAGAUUUAUUCUAACGAGCAGUUUAUUUCUUGGAAAACUUCCAUGAAACAUUUCAACUAUUUGCGCAAGCUCGUAAUAUUAUGGAGGAAAAAAUGUUGGUUAAAUAGAACUCAUACGAAAAUACCGUACGCGGAAAUAAGCUCUCCUCACGUGGCCGUAGUCCGUACUCCGUAACGAGUUUGCGUUGUGGAGCUUUUUGCUAUUAUACAUUAGCAACUAGCCAAACGAACAAACCUAUUUAUAUACUCGCAUGUAAAGCUGUGAUAAAUAUUCACGUGUUUGCAUAUUUUUGAUUUGGAUAUACGGUAAAAAUAAGCCGUAGCCGCGACUGUGUUUUUGCAAACAAAAAAAGAAAUCCGAGCUAACACUCAAAAUAGCUCGAUUUAGAGAGAACAAUGAUCGAAAAAGAUUAUUAAUUUCGCUUCUAUAGCUUAGAGAUAGUUUUCUCGUUAACUAUUUUCCGCAUUGAUCUAUUUGUAUCCGCUCGAUAAUUAAUUUUUCCAACUGUUCCGCGCUAUUUGCGUACGUAAAUAUUUGAAGCUGCUUAGUUUUUACUUUUUACGCCAAAGUUCGCCGCUAGAGGGUACCAAAGAAUCUCAAAUUGCCAAUAGACAGUGUGCAGCAGAACUCAUGCCGCCGGAGGGUUGCCAGUUGGCUGCAGACAACCUUUGCGGCUACAUUGGCACGUUGAAUUGUGUAUGAGAUCUUGUUGAUUUUAUUAAGUCAGUGAAGAACCGCAUAAUUGCAUGCAUCCAAGUUUGUAAUUCCAUUUACAACUUUGUGUUUAGUAUUGAAUUAUUGAGUUAUCUGUUAACCAAAACAUGGCGAGUGACAAGAUACCGGACAGUGUUAAGAAGUGUGUGGCCAUGCUUCACAUGGUCAAAGCAGAUUCUGAAAAAUUUGCUGCUUUGUUUAUGGUAACAAAGUUGGUGAAAGAAAAAGACUGCAACUCUGCAGCAAAGAAAGCACUAUUUGAAGGGAUCGGUGCUAAAUUUAUUCGAAAGCUACUUGUUAGUGACGAUGUGCCUGUAGAUUGUCCACCUCAGGUAUAUAAAUCUGUUGCUUUAUCAAUAUUAACAGCUUUCUGCACUGAUCCAGUUUUAGCUUCACACCCAGAUAUGGUUGCCCAUGUACCGGCACUAUUAGAAAUUGUUUCUAAAGCUGAUGAAGAUGCUCCUGACGAUACUCUGAUUAUUGUUAGUGAAGCUUAUACAUGUCUUCAAAGUAUCGCUCAACAUUUACCUGGUCAAAAAGCACUGAUUGAGCAGAAAGCAAUUCCCAAAAUGUGUGAAAUUUAUGCUGAAAAAAGUUUUAAAACUGAUGAAGCAUUGAAUAUCCUUGUUAUACUGGCAAAUCAAUUUGGACCAGAAGCAUGGGAUGCCGCAGAUACCGCUCCUUUUCAUGCUAUCAUUAAUAAAAUUGCUUUAGAUUUUGAAACUGAUCAUGAUGAAAGGAAAUUUCAUCUGUGUUCUAUACUCCAAGCCUUACUUGCUUCCUGCAGGCGUGAUGUAAUUUCCAAGAGUGCUAAAAAUGAAUCUUGGCCCCAAAGUAUAUUGAAGGGUUUGAGUGAUAUUCUUGGUUCAAAGAUUGGAAAAAAUCAAAGAGACCCUGCGCUGAAACUAUCAUCUAUCAUGCUUGAAUUAUUGGGAGUAGAAUGGGCUUUAUCUAAUGAAGAGAAGCCUAAAGUAUUUUUCUUAUUACUUAUUCAACUAGCUUCAAUUGAAGUGAGAAUGCAAUUGGAAGGAAAACAAUUAAAAGGUGUAUUAUCAAAUGCUGAUCUAAUUAUAGCUUGUUUCAUGGUUUUAGAAAUCUCUAUUUCUUACAUAAUAACUGAUCAGUUAGACAUGGAACAAAAAGAAAAACAGUCCUUAUAUACAGCAUUAAAAGGAGCUUUUGCAGCAGUUAUUAGCUUGUUAACGUCUGUGUCUAAGAUGAAAGAGUUAACUGAUGUUAAAGAACGUGUAUUUGUUUGUGCCUUAGUUAGAGUGUUAGCUGCAUGGCUGGCACAAGAAACAACUGCAAUGCGUACCCAAGUUCUCGCUGUAUUGCCUUAUGUUUUAACAAUAGCCAAUGAUACUUUUUAUGCCUACCGGAAUAAAAGAGUAGCUGCAAAAGCUAGAGCAGCAGCAAAACCAGAUGAAGGAUCGUCAUCCGGAGAACCAGUUGUACACGAUCCUCUUAGUGAUAUUGACAUUUUAAGAUUAAUGCUUCCAGCCUUAUGUCAUCUUACUGUUGACGAAGAUGCCAGAAAAAUAUUAUUAAAACAUAAACAAGAUCAAAUUUUGUUUGAGUGUUUGUCUUACCACUGGUCAAUUGUCCAUUAUAAAAAGCCACCAGUACCUAAGUCUGAAAGAUUGAAAGCAUUGAAAGAACCGGCAAAAGAAUUAGAGCCUCAUGUUCUUGAAGAAAUGGCAGAUUCUAGAACAGCCAUGGUAUCCAUUUGCAAUGUUCUUAUGAAUAUUACUGUGUUAGAAGCCAAAUUAGUUGAAGAGUCUCUAACAUUUAUCAAUUUAUUAAAGUUCAUUUUUGACAGUUUACCAGAACUUAAACAAAUACCAGAAAAUCUUGUUCUACAUGGUAACAUGGCUGUUCUUGGUUUACUACUGUUGAAACAACAAGCUAAGAGAGUCAAGAAAAAUGAUUUCUCCAUUUGUCGAUACAUACAAGCAACUAUAAGAUUCUUAUGGGAUGCAUAUAUCAUUGAUGAAAGUAAUGACCCUACUGAAUUAGCUGUAAAUAUCACGUAUAAAGAGCACUGGAUGGAAAUUAUGGAAUUAUGGUUUUUGGGAAUGCAAACCAUGGCAAGCGUAUUACAAAUGGUACCAUGGUUAUCUGAAUUUGCUAUUGAAUCUGGCUGGGCUGAAGGCAUCAUAGAAACUUUGAAAAAGGUCAAGAUUGGAGGACUGCAGCCAAAUGUCAAAUCAGCAUUUGAAGAUUUAUUAAGCCACUUGGUGAAAGCAGAUGAAAGUGUAGCUGCAGUUUUGAAAAAAGCUGGAGCCUUGACUGUGUGUAGAAAUCAUCGUAUGAUGGAAUUGGGAAAGCACCUUUUUGGAGAUUGAAAAGCUUUAAUUACUUCUUUUUAUUUUUAAUCUAAUAAUACUCAUAUUUUGUACAGUAUAAAUGUUUAUUGUCAUUUCUUAAAAUUUUCAAGUAGAGUUUUUAAGAUUUUCUUGACUUGAUCAAAGUAAUAAAAAAUUAAGAAACAAAUUUUUCCACUAUUUUUAAAAAAAUAUUAAAAUUUGUUUAUAACAUGAUCAAAAAAUACAUUUUCUAUUUAUAGUGAGCAUCGGUUUAUUUCAGAUAAUUUAUUAUGAUUCAAGUGUGGUAUGAAAUUUUCAGUGACGGUUAGAAGAGUGACAAAGAUGCUUGUGUAUGUUUUACACUUUGUGGCUCUGAUAUAUAUUUAGAGAACUCACACCUGAAAAUAGUAUGCUGGCAAAUGACAAACUUAACAUUAUAUACUUUCUCAGAGUUAAUUCUGUUGUUUUUUAUGAUGCGUGGAAAAUAUUUAUUGUUGAUUUUGCACUUUUGAAAUAUUUUGCAUCUUUUUUUUUAAUUUUGACAUUGAAAAAAUUUGUUUUAAAUGUUAACAAAAAUGUACUUAUUGAAAAUAGCCAAAGAUAAUGUUUAACACCAUUUAUAAUCCUCUGUAAAAAUAAUGUACAAAAGAUCACAUAAAUAAAAUCUAAUUUCUUAUGAACAAAGGGA